AUGAAGGCGUCGCUAGCAGAGAUGGCCGGUAAGGACUGUGUUAAAGUAGCGGUCCGAGUCCGUCCCUUCAACAAGCGGGAACGUGACGCGGGAAGCGUGUGUGUGGUCUCCAUGGCAUCCAGCAGUGUGACCCUCCAGGACCCCCGCGGGGGCCCCAGCCGCUGCUUCAGCUUCGACCACGUCUACUGGUCACACAGCGGCUUCUCUAGGGAGGGGGGCCGCUACCUGGCCCAGGAACCUGGGGGCCGCUAUGCUGACCAGGCGUGUGUGUUCCAGGACCUGGGGGAGGGGGUGCUUCAGAGCGCCCUGCAGGGCUACAACGCCACGCUGCUGGCCUACGGCCAGACGGGCUCUGGGAAGAGCUCCACCAUGCUGGGCCACGGACCCAACCCUGGCCUGGUCCCCACACUCUGCCACAGGCUGUUCCACUCCCUCACUCAACACCAGGACAGCAUGCAGAGCCAGGUGUUUUUCAGCAUGUUGGAGAUCUACAACGAGCAGGUGGUGGACCUGCUGUGCCGGGGUGCCCGGGCCCCAGGGGGCCUGAGGGUGAGGGAGGAGCAGCACCGGGGAUUCUAUGUGGAGGGGCUCCGCAGGGUUCCCUGCGACAGCGCAGUACAGGUGGAGCAGCUGAUGGAGCAGGGAACACGUGCGCGCACCACGGCCACCACACACACCAACGCCAACAGCAGCCGCUCUCACAUGCUUAUCACCCUCCAGCUCAAACAGAUCUUCUCUAGGGAGAGCAUCACCAAGCAGUCCUUCAUCAGCCUGGUGGACCUGGCUGGCAGUGAGAGGCAGAGAGGCUCUGGUUCCGAGGCAGACCGCCUCAAGGAGGGCACCGCCAUCAACCUCAGCCUCACCACCCUGGGCAACGUCAUCAGUGCCCUGGCAGACGUGGCGCUGGGCAGGAGGGGGGUCCAUGUCCCCUACAGAGACUCUGUCCUCACCAAGCUGCUGCAGGCUGCCCUGGGGGGAAACAGCCGCACCUUCAUGAUUGCCACGCUGAGCCCAGCUGAUAUCUGCUACGAGGAGUCUCUCUCCACGCUGCGCUACGCCGACAGGUGGGCAGGAACACGACCUUCUGGAGAGCCCAGUGGUGUCUCAGGUCAGACAGACCCCAGUCUCCUGGCUGUCUUCUAUGACUACAUCAAACUGAUGCCCAUGGUGGCCGAGGCUAACCAGAUGAGCCAGGAACUCCACAAGGAGGUGGAGUUUAAGCUGGAGAUCAAGAAUCUGGCGCUGUCAGAUGCCAGAGGUCAUGACCUUGAGAAGGACAUCGCUGUCAGGGUCACGUCCCUCAAGAACAGACAGGUUUGGCUGUGGUCCAAGAGUAAAUUUGUGAACCGUAAGUACCUGAUGGAGGAGCUGUACCAGCAGCACCAGGCUGAGGGCGGGGGAGCGGUGGGGCCCGUGCCCAGGGAGAGGGACCCUUUCUGGGACCCUGUGGAGCCUCUGCUCCUGGGGAAGGCCCACCUCUGGCUCCAGUCUCUGGCCUUCCGCAUCGCCCUGGAUGAACAGCUGGAGGUGCUGGGGUCAGAGGGCACAGAGGAAGCUAUCGUGCAGGCCCAGCUCAUCCCCUGCAGCCCCACAGGAUUGUCCCUGUCAGAAGAGGACAUCCUCAUCGACCCCUCAGAGCUGCUGGGUCGCCGUCUGGACUUCCAGCUGGUUCUGGACCAGUGCUGCGGCCUGCGCUGGCUCCGCCAGGCCAGGGACAGGGGGGUCCAGAUUGGGUUCCAGAUGUUUGACUGUGUGCAGCUGUUCACGCCAGCCGUGUGGCACAACGUCAACCCCCUGCUGGACCAGAGGAUCCACUUCACCUCCCUGCAGACCUCCCCUGCCCUGCUGGAGCACCUGCAGACCAGCGCCCUGGUGCUGGAGCUUUGGGGCCUGCAGGAGGGGUGUGUGGAGCUGGCGUGGUGUCUGGAGGGGGUGGGGACGACUCCAGAAGGAAGCUUCAUCAUCGACCAGGCCUCUGACACACCCGCUGUCUGCACUGUGGACUCUCUGCAGCGGGACCUGGAGGCCCUGAGGAAGGACAACAGCUCCCUCAGAGACCAGCUCAGCAUGGCCAAGCAUGGGUGUGAGUGUGUGCGUGGCCAGGCUGAGAGGAGCCAGGCUGAGAGGAGCCAGGCUGAGAGGAGCCAGGCUGAGAGGAGCCAGGCUGAGAGGAGCCAGGCUGAGAGGAGCCAGGCUGAGAGGAGCCAGGCUGAGAGGAGCCAGGCUGAGAGGAGCAGCCAGCGCUCCAGCUGUGAGGUGGAGCUGGGCCGCUCCCUGAAGGUCUUCUACCACAGCAUGACCUCCGUCAGGGCUCUGCUGCAGGGGCUGCGUAGGCACCGACCCAGUGAGGAUGCUGGCCUGCAGGCUCUCAGGCUGUAUGUGUGUGAGCAGGCUGCUCAGCUGAAGGUGUUCUCGGAGGAGCUGGAGCAGAGCGUGGCGGCACUCAAACAGGACGUCGCCGCCAUCGUCCGUCGCAAGCGAGAACGCUCCGGAACCUGGUCUUGACCAGGCCUCGCCGCUAGAGGCUGGGGGGCUGAGCUGGGGGAUGGACUGGAGGCUGACAUGGCCAAGGCCAGACACUAUGAACCCUUGUCUAGCCAAUCAGAAGGCCAGAGA